GUUGGCCACCUGAUCGCCACCAAACCCAUCUCCCCAUGCCAUGCCACGUAGCGCUGCCAAGCGCUGCGCCGCCUGCGGCAAUGCUGUGUGCAGCUGCAACAAGCCCACGCUGGCGGCUGUCUUCGCGCCUCCCGAGCGCAAGGCCGCUGCUCAGGCUGCCAGCAGAGAGGACGCUGUGAGGCAAGCGGUGCAGCAAGGCUGUCCGGCCGUGCUGGGAGAAGAUGCCAUCGACUACUUGGCCAACAUGGCCGUGUCGCUGGUGGAAGAGUUUAGCGACGCUGAGUCCCUGAAGCGCGAGCUUCAGGAGGGCUUCCUCCCCAUGCUGGAGGAGUACGAAGACAUCUCCGCCGCCGACGCCGAGGCGCUGUGCGCCCGGGUGGUGGAGGCCGCAGCCCCUGCACCCGCCGAUCCGGCGGCAUUGGAGGGGCCUGAGCAGACGGAGCAGACAGAGGGGGAGUUUCUGUGCCACGUGCCGAAUCUGCUGCUGAUGUAUGGGGGCAGCCCAGAGCCACUGCUGCGCGGCACCUGCCUGGAAAUCAGGCGCGGGCACCGCUACGGGGUGGUGGGCUCCAAUGGAUCCGGGAAGACGACGCUGAUGGCGAGGAUUGCCAGCAAAGACAUCUCUGGCAUGCCGCACGACCUGCGCGUAGUCCUCCUCCGACACGAGGCGAUCCUUCAGGGUGUCAAGCGGUCAACAAAGGUGAGCGACUACGUGCAGCAGCGCAACAGCGGCCCCGACGCUGGAUCCGAGGAGGACAUGGCAAAAGCCCUGGAGGCUAUGGGCUUUGAAACGGAGGAGCAGAUGGCCAAGCCAGUGCUGGCGCUGAGUGGGGGCUGGCAGAUGCGCCUCGCCCUCGCUUGCGCAGUGGCGCGGAAGGCGCAGCUGCUUCUCUUGGACGAGCCCACCAACCACCUGGACGUGGAAGGCGUCCGAUGGCUGGUUGACUUCAUCAAUCGGACCUGCGACAGCGAGGGCGCGGCGAUGAUCGUGUCCCACGACCCCGACUUCUUGGACCGCGUGUGUACCGACGUGGUCCACUUCUCGCCAAGCAGCCAGAAAGGGAAGCUGGCCUACUACCCGGGCACCUUCUCGGCUUUCAAGGCGAAUCAGCUGGGUGGCGAUGACGCUGAGGCCCAGCGGGUCCUGGAGACGGCUGAGAAGUCCUCCGGGGAGACCCACCCAGGUGCGAGUCACGGCUUGGGCCCCAACGAUGGCAACCGGAUGGCAUUUCCCAUCCCGGAGAAAAUCGGAGACACUUGUGCAGAACGCAGAGCGCCCUUGGUAACCUUGGAGAGGGCCGCCUUCCAGUACAAAGGCACCCCGGCACCAGUCUUUCGAGACAUCUCGGUGGAUCUCACCAUUUCUAGCAAGGUGGGCAUUGUGGGGAAGAACGGCUCGGGCAAGUCCACGCUUUUGUCCCUGCUGGCCGGCCGGCAGCAGCCCAGCACUGUCGAGGGUAAGACUGGGAGGCUCUGGUGGCACAAGGACCUGCGCUUGGCAUACAUCGCACAGCACGCGCUGGUGCACCUUGGGAACUACCUGGACAAGACACCUUUGGAGUACAUGCAGAUCCGAUUCCGCCGCGGCUUCGACCAGGAGACGCCUAUAGUUCGCAGUGAGAAGCUCCUCACCAAGAAGGACGAGGACGACAUGCGCAACAGCGGAGUGCGUCAUGGGAAGCGUGGGAAGGGCGUAGAGGCCUUGGUGAAUCGAAUUGAGAUCACGGAUGGCAAGGAGAAGACCAAGGAGAAGGACCGCGAGUUUCUCUACGAGGUGAAGUGGACGGACCUCAGCCCAGCGGAGAACAGCUUCGAGACGGUGAACAGGUUGAAGCAACUCAAGGCCUUGAAGCUGGUGCAGGACCUCAACGAACGCAUCUGGGCCGCCUGGGCUGGGUGCCCACAGCGGCCUUUGACGGAUCGAGAGGUGCUACAGCACCUCGACCCCUUUGGCCUGGAUGAGGACACGGUUUGCUUCCGGAGGAUCGAGAUGUUGUCCUCAGGGCAGAAGUGCAAGCUCGCCCUGGGGGCGGCUUUCUGGACCAGGCCGCAUGUCAUUUGCCUGGACGAGCCCACCAACUACUUAGACACGGACACGGUGGAGCUCCUGAAGCGCGCGAUGCGGGCCUUCCGGGGCGGCUUCGCGGUGGUGUCCCACAGCGAGAAGCUGAUCGAGGAGGUGUGCGAUGAAGUCUGGACCGUCGAGGAUGGCCAGGUGACCCGCAAGAGCUCGAAGUGAGCCGUUGGGCUCGUGAGGCUGUCUUGCCUACUCACCCGGCUGGCGUGAGCCGCAUCACGGGACCUGAUGCAUUGCCC